AUGGAACAACAAUUGCUGCAGUUCAUCAAUUGCCGCCUGGUGCGGAAUCAUCAGCUGGUCCACGACGAUCUGUGGGUACGUGAUGGCAAAAUCAUCAAUCCGGAGCCUGUGUUCUUUGACGAACAGACGAAGGCACAUCGGCGUAUUGACUGCAAAGGCGCCAUCAUUGCUCCAGGCUACAUCGAUGUGCAGAUAAACGGUGGCUAUGGCGUGGACUUCUCCUAUGACAAAGACACAACCGAAGCGGGCGUAACGAAAGUGGCACGCGGUCUCGUCGCCAGCGGCGUCACCUCGUUCUGCCCCACACUGGUGACGUCACCCAAUGACAGUUACCACAGCAUACUGCCCCGCAUGCCAACGCUAAUUGAGGGCGGCGCCGGCGUUCUGGGCGUCCACGUCGAGGGUCCGUUCAUCAAUCCCCAGAAGAAGGGCGCGCAUCCCGAGAACUGCAUACAGACCAUCGACAAGGGCAUGGCGACACUUCGCGAGGUUUAUGGCAGCCUGAAACGCAUCAAGAUCAUCACGCUGGCGCCGGAGCAAGUGCGCGAUCCGAGCGUCAUUCGGGACCUCGUCGAGGCGGGCAUCACCGUCUCCUUAGGCCACUCGAUGGGCACUCUGAGCGAUGGCGAACGCGCUGUGCGCCAUGGCGCCACACUGAUCACACAUCUCUUCAAUGCCAUGCUGCCCUUCCAUCAUCGUGAUCCCGGACUGGUGGGACUCCUGGCUUCGGAUGCCAUACCAGCGGGCAAGACGAUCUACUUUGGCAUCAUCUCCGAUGGCGUCCACACGCAUCCGGCUGCCUUACGCAUUGCGUAUCGGACACAUCGCGAGGGUCUUGUACUCGUGACGGAUGCCAUCUCCGCUCUGGGAUUGGAGGAGGGAGUGCAUCACAUUGGCCAGCUGCCGCUGCAGGUGAAGCAGGGCAAAGCGUUCAUUGCGGGCACCGAAACACUUUGUGGCAGCAUUGCGCCCAUGGACGAGUGUGUGCGCAUCUUCCACAAAGCAACUGACUGCUCCCAGGUGUAUGCGAUUGAGGCCGCCUCGCUGCAUCCGGCCAAGUGUUUGGGCAUCGAGCGACAGAAAGGAACUCUCGACUUUGACUCGGAUGCCGACUUCAUUCUGCUGGACGAUGAAUUGCAGUUGCUCUCCACCUGGAUUGCCGGUGUUUGCGUCCAUUCCAAAUGACAUCGUCAUCUCCCUCACACACUCUCCACUCCCUCUCUCUCUCUCUCUCACUCACACAAAAUACGGCUGUUGCGAUUUGUUGUUGUUUGUUUUGUUUUUAUUAUUAUUUUGGAUUAGAUGACGCUUUAAAUUGUUCGUUUAUGUUUAAUCAUUAAAUCAUUUGGUGUGGACAACUACGCUAAAUCCAUAUACAUUAACAAAUUAUAAGUAUUACGAACGAACGAAUGACCAAAACAAAAAAAAAAAACGAAUUACAAUUAUGUAUACUAUAUCGAUCUGUGUUUGUUUGUUUGUAUAUAUAUAUAUAUGUAUAUGGUAUCCGACCAAAAAAUGGCUAAGAAAGUUCUCUUCUAGCGAUUUUAAACAUAAUUACGUUAAACAUUCCAGCAUCGAUAAAUCGCAGCAUCGAUUAAUCGUUAAUCGUUCCGAGUUUCCAUUCGUUUUUUAGUUUAUACACAGAAAUCGGUUCCACAUCAUUCAUUUCCUCCAUUUCAUUUCAUUUUCUUUUUUUUGGCAAUAACAAAACAAAAAGCAAGUUUCAAGCUAGGCUAACUAACGAUAUAUAUAAUAUAGUAUGUGUGUAUGUAUAUUUUUAGGAGUCAUAAACAAAAUGCAUAUCGAACCGGAAACGGAAACUUAACUCAGCCUAAUGCGCGUGUUGUUUUUUUUUCUUUUUUCCCCAAGUAUUUAUUUCUUUAUUUGGGGGAGGAGAGGAGAGCGUAUAAAAAUUGCUGAUCGCAUUUAAAAAGUUUUGCAUUAGAAAAAACAUUAGUUACAAAGUUACAGUUACAGUUCUACACACACACACACACAUGCAUACACACUUAAGUGAUCUCUCCGAAAGUGAGGCUAAAAACGAUACACAUACAUUAAUAUUUAAUUGGUUUUCUCUCUUCUUUAGUUUCAGUUAAAGUUUAAGCUUUGUUUUCAUUUCGUGGUAUUACAAUAUUAACCAUAUACAAAUACAAAUGUGUGUGUUUCUUUCGAUCAUUUAUUUCCAUUUCCGUUUCCG